AUGUCUCACUUAGUUUUGCAAAAAUCUUGGAAUAAAUUUUUGGACAGAACAACUCAAAAUCCUGUUUUUUGGUACUUUUUCGUCGCACCAACAGUUCAAAUCCUUACUUAUUGGUUCAUUGGAGGAAUUUAUUUGUUCUUCGAUCUCACAAAAAAACCAAAAAUCCUCCAAAAAUACAAAAUUUACGAUAAAAGGGAGACAAAACUUACCUUCCAAACAUUUAAGUUAAUGUCAAAACGAGUCCUUUUCAAUCAAUUUAUCGUGCAAUUUCCUCUUGGAUUCAUUUUAUGUCCUUUAAUUCCUUACAAGGACAUGAUUUUUGGUCUUCAUCACAUUCCAUCGGUUAAAGAAUUUAUAGUUCAAUUUUUAAUUUGUUACAUUUUGCGUGAAAUUCUGUUCUAUUACAUUCAUCGCCUUUUGCAUCAUCGAUAUUUUUAUGAAAAUUUUCAUAAGCAACAUCAUCAAUUUUUAGCGGAUACGGCGAUCAGUGCAAUAAAUUGUUCUGCUAUCGAUCAUUUAUGUACAAACUCCAUACCAAUCGUUGCUGGUCCAGCUUUAAUGAAAUCGAGCUUUGUAUUAACCACAUUUUGGUUCGUUUUUAUUACUUUUUCGGCACUUCAGGAUCAUUCAGGAUACGAAUUUCCAUGGUAUUUUAGUCUUCGAAGGCAUUAUGGACAUCAUAAGAGCUUUAACAAGAAUUACGGCAUAAUCGGCUUAAUGGAUUGGAUUCAUGGAACUUCGUUAUAA